ACCUCUCUUUCUCAAGCGGAGUUUCCAGUUCCUAGUAAUUUCCAAGCAGAACUACGUACAGCGACUGGGUGGCCUUACGCAUAUUCUAGGCGGAGCAACUAGAAAGCAGUUUUGCGUUUUAGGAGGGGCUUGGAAAGGGAAAAGAGAAUAACCACAACAAGCAUAAAGAAAAUAAAUGCGCGCACAAAGUAGAAGGGGAUGGCGGCAGUCCUUCCCACCUCUAGUAAGGCAGCGAAAUGGUUAAUAAAAAGCGAGCGAAGACGGACUAAGUAAUAGAACCGUGACACAGCCUACUGAGAGUCCGCCUGACAGUAGAGAGAGAGAGAGAGAGAGAGAGAGAGUCCGCUUGACAGUCGAGAGAGAGAGAGAGUGAGAGUGAAAAAGAGAGAGACGGAGCAACCAACCGAGUAUCCACGUAUGGCUCUGUGGAGAUAACACAAGUUCUGAGUAAAAUCGCAAAACCCCAGCGCGAAGAAAGCAGGCAGAGGGCUGGGGAAAGCCACAUAAGGAAGAUGCUCGCUCUCCCAGCGCAUGUAUUCUGCACACGGAAAUCUCCACGCUUCGGACUAAAAGCGCUAAAGUUAAAGGGACGGUUGCAAAGAAGCCGCGGCUCGUGCUUUGAUUGGAUUUCUGCUGGCUACAAGGAACCAAUCUUUCACGGGGAGCGAGUCGCUUCUGUUGUUUUUAUUUAUCUACAAACAACGUGUCUCGACUAGGAGGACUCCGCGUUACGCAUUCUGUAACUUCGAGUCGACUGGAGAGUUCAGUGGAGCAAAUCUUCAAUAUGAAUUUAGUGCGCCGUGGAAAAAGAGAGAGAGACGUCCUGCUGUUUGUUUGGGAAGAAGGUUUCGUGUAGAGAUUUGAAAUACGAGAGCUCCUUUUAUGGUUGGAUUUUAACAAUACGGAGAAAAAUAUUGCAUUAUUUCCAUUUUAUUCAGCUGUGAUCUGAAACAGAUAAACAGUGUUGUCGGACUUAUAAAAAGAAUUUAUUGAACGAAAAGUGGAAAAAUAGCAGUCUAUUACUAUUGAGUAAUCGGAAAGAGAAGAAAACUUCCAACAAUUGCUUUUUAAAAUGUUUAUUCAUUAGAAUACCUCUGAUUGUUAUUCAAGAGGGCUGAAUGGAUUGUACAACCUAGGUGAAAAAUGCAUUUUUUUAUCCAAGGGUUACCUCACUAAAUUUGUGCCUGCCUUUAGAGAGGUUGAGUCGAAGUUGUUUCACAGAGUGCUUUAACUUUGCCAAUAGAGUUGAUGUAAAAAAUGUCAGGGUUUUAUUAUGGAUUAAUUCUAAGUAUCCCCAGUGUUGUAAACUGGUAUCAUUGAAGGUGGCAAGAUGCUAAAGUAAAUUUACAAAUGCUCUCCUGAAUGCUCUACGUGAAGCAUGUAUUAAAUAAUAAUGAUAGAUCAUCCUUCUUUUUGAAUCAGAAACAUGUUAAACACUGGAACCUCUCUGUCGGCUAAAGUGAAUAACAGUUUGAACUGAACUAAGCCUGUUUACAUGCGGGAGCAGCGCCGUCAUGCGAUGCAAGUUUUUUUUACACUUGAACCAUUCAUUUCGAAAUUGCUGUGAAAAGAAGACAUCACGCUCUACAAUGAAGUGGACUUGUGCACCUGCAGUAGAGAAUAAUUAAACCUUAAAUGUUAUCGUUUAUUUUGAAAUGUAAAGAUAUUCUUACAAAUUAUUUUGAUAUUACUUAAUUUUGGACUUUUUAACUCUACAGAAGUCAAAAAAUUAACGAGUUAUUCUAAUAGAUUCACUCUGCUUAGUUGGCCGCGAUUUGCGAAAGACAAAGAUUCCUUCAAGUUACUGGCCGAACUGACGAAGUUACCUCACCUCUCUGGAACAGUUUCCUUAUUUCCUGGCAGCGUCUCUUCAUUUCUCGGUGAAAGACAACCCAGCCCUUCUCUUUUCACUUAAGAUGUGCCUUUAGUACUUUUCACUUUAGAUCGUGUCGCCACCCUCCCACCCCCGCAAGGCGGGCACCUGGAAACAUAAAAAGUUUGCAUGAAGCAGUGGGGGCAGCUGAUCGCAAUGGGGAUCAAGCAAACCAAAGGCAGUUGCCAUUCGAGCCCAGAAGCGGGAGUAAGUCCCCAGCACGCGCUUGGUGCUUGGAAAAGGACUCCUACGAAAGAGCGAGGCGACAUCUUUACUUCUCUUGUACUGAAAUCUGGGGAUAAGUUUGGGAAAGGAGGCACUCCGCCUCCGUACCAGAGACGUAUCGGUAUGAUCCAAGAAAUGCUGAGUCUGGCCAAGCAGGGCAAACAAGACGAAGCUACUGAGCUGUUGAAGAAUCUAAGACAGGAUUUGGGGAUGGAGUCAACAUCUCUUGAUGAUGUCUUGUACCGAUAUGCAAGUUUUAGAAACUUAGUGGAUCCCAUUACACAUGAUCUUAUUAUCAGCUUGGCUCGAUACAUCCACUGUCCUAAAACGGAGGGGGAUUCAUUAGGUGCCAUGGAAAAAGUAUGCCGACAGCUUACUUACCAUCUAAGUCCACACUCACAGUGGAGGCGCCAGGGGUUAAUGAAACGAAAGCCACAGGCCUGCUUGAAGGCCAUUUUCUCCUCAUCUCCCUCAAAUAAUACAGUGGACCUGUCGGGCAUCCCACUGACUGUGAAGGACAUGGACCGUCUAAUCUUGUAUCUCAAUCAAAAUUCUGAGAGGGUAACAAAUGUGGAGCUAUGUUUCACAGAACUCACAGACGAUGCUUUCUUGCAGCUCCUUCCAACUCUCAGCACUCUUCCGUUACUCAACACUCUCUCACUGAAUGGAAAUCGACUUACCAAGGUCAUAUUGCGUGACCUCACAGACACUCUUAAAGAACCUGAAAAGUUCCCUAGUGUCACGUGGAUUGAUCUUGGCAACAAUGUGGACAUCUUUUCCCUUCCGCAGCCUUUCCUGGUGAGUCUAAGGAAGCGGUGUCCUAAACAGGGUAACCUUCCAACCAUUUUGGAGUUUGGAGAGAGCCAGGUGAGUGACCUGGAGAGCCAUGAUGGUAACCUCUCAGAAAGCCUUGAAGACCUUGUCUCAGAGGAAGAUGACCCAAGGGAGAGCACAUUUUCUUCAUUUCCUGUCCAUACACUUGUCGAGACAAAUCCAGUUAAGCCAAUCAACAUAGAGAUGCCUGAGCAGUUAAAUGCUGUCAUGAUCAACCAGACCUGAACGAUGCCAUCAUUCUUUGUUGGAGUUGCCUGAUGUCCAGGUUUUCCAUUUACUAAAAAACUACUUUAUGUGGGAAAAUCAAAGAAAGUGCUCUGAACAAGUGAUUUUUUUUGUCACUCCUUGACGUUUGUCUGGUUGUUCUGUCCUUCCAGUAUACAGUUCUCUGGUCCUUAGUUUAAGCAUUACUGCUGUGCUAAAUAACAGGGAUGAUUCAAGAAAAAAAAUAAAACCAAUAUCACAAAAUUAUGUUUAGGAAGGCAUUUAUACAACAUAUGGCUAACAAAUUAUGUUUUGCUAUUUACAAUGCUAUAAAUGCACCUUAUCUGAUACUGCCGCAUAUUAAGGGUAUUUGACCAGUAUACUGUAUGAAUGAAGAGCUUUCCGCUCUAUAUUGUGAAGCCAUAGUUGCUUCAGUUGUGCUUAAUAUUCUCAUAGCAAUCCAGCCUAUGUGUUUUAAAAAACACAGAUGGCAGACUGCUAAUGCAGUGGACAAUAACCAUUCAGUCCAGUGUUAGCCCAAAAAGAGGCCAUUAAUGUAAUGCAACUGCAUGUGUAAUGCUUCAUUAUACAAGUGUUUGGUAAACAGCUAGAAAUUUACAAUCAAUGGGUGACAUUACAUGUGGCAUUUUCAGCUGUAAUUAGGAUUCAGUUGCCAUGCAUUUACAUAUCACAACAACCUGUACUUAUUAUUGUUGUUUGGACGUAUAGAUUUUUUUCAAUGUUUUUAAUAACAAAGGUUUUUUCAAUUAAAUACAUGCCUAUAUAAAGUAUGAUGCAUAUUUAAAGACUAUAAUUAAAAAGAAAAGUGCAUAUCUCCAUUCUUUUAAUAUUUAUUUUGCAGUAACUAAUUAACAGUUAUUGGGCUGACCAGAUAUUGUCUAAUGUGCUUCAAAAAUAAAAACACAAAUUUCCUUAGUGAGGUGUUUUGAUUUAAAUAUGCCUACAAUAUUAGUGGCAGUGUAGCACUGCUGAAACAAAUACCUGAAUGAUAGACAAUCUAACAAGCACAUACAUAAAGUUCAAAAUCACAGUUCAUAAAAGAAUAGCCAACCUAUGCCCCCUCAACCAAACCCUUAAAAUAUAGGUUUAGCUGUACAGAACCAGGUGUACUUAUUUAAUCUCUAAUUGCUUUAAAUAUGUAUUACAUUUUUUUUCUGUAAUAAAUAUGGACCUUCCUGAGAGCUGCAAUUCUGGCAAUUCCUCUGUCCACUUAAUGAAAGUGUUCCCAUAACAACCGUUGGCAUCAUGAAUUUCAAUUUGCAAAGAGCCCAAAACAUGGUAUCACCCAGCAGUUGUCUUUGCAUUGUUCAUAAAUAGACUCACAUGUGUACUUACAGUAUGUACUAGUAGCAAGCAAACUAUUUUGCACCCUUAUACUGUGAUGGGUAAAUGGCUAUAGCUUAGCAUUCACAGAACACUGAGAGGGUAUGAGCUGAAUUUGCACUUAAGGUGCUCUACUAUUUACAUUGUGAACAUCAAUGCUUUCUUUGUUAGAGUGUGUAUGUAUAUA